AUGCUGACCGAUUCAAAGAUGAAGAUGGAACUUCCAUCAGCUCGACCGUACGCUUUCAAGUUUCGACCAGAAUCUACUGCCCUGGUGAUCAUCGACAUGCAGCGGGACUUCCUGGAUGCAGGUGGAUAUGGAGCCAUACAAUGUGGAAACAAAGACAUCUUCGAAGGCGUGAGAAGUAUCGUGCCACAGACACGAGCAGUUCUCAACGCAGCGCGAAAGAUGAAUAUCCAUGUCGUGCACACCAGAGAAGGACAUGAGCCUGAUCUGUCAGACUUGCCGGCUUCUAAACGUCUUAGACAAAAGUCUGCCCCUUCCGGCCACCAUGUCAUCGGCAUCGGAGAUCAAGGGCCUAUGGGUCGCUUGCUUGUCCAAGGCGAGUAUGGUCAUGAUAUCAUCGAUGAGCUCAAACCUUUCCCUGGAGAAACCAUCAUCGACAAGCCAGGUAAAGGCUCAUUCUGGAACACGACCUUGCAUCGGAAGCUGCUUGCCAGAGGUAUCACACAUCUUCUCAUCGCAGGUGUGACCACGGAGUGCUGCGUCAACACGACCUUCAGAGAAGCCUCUGAUCGCGGGUUUGAGUGCUGUGUGCUGACAGACUGCACCUCCGGUUUCGAAUCCUCGUUUGUCGACAGCACUUUGAGGAUGCUCUGUUCCUAUGACGGUCUUUUCGGCUACGUCUGUUCUUCCAAGGACCUUCUCGCCUAUGGCCAGGAUUCAGACCUCACCCCACCUAGGACUCCACCGGGCUAUAUCAGAGAUUUGGCGCUAUCCUCUUUGCAACAGCAGUACAGAGACGCUGAGAUUACUGUUACCGAUGUUGUCAAAGAUGUAAGCAGGAGGAUUUCGGAGUACCACUUGAAAGACUCUGCUGUCUGGACCUUCGUUCAGAGUGAUGAGGUGUUGCUCCAGGCGGCUCACGCGUUGGAAGAGCGUUACAGACAUCAGCCUCUUCCGCCCUUGUAUGGCAUUCCCUUUGCGGUCAAGGAUAACAUAGAUGUUGAGGGUGUGCCAACAACUUCCGCAUGUGAAGCAACAAGUUACAUACCAAGACAGUCAGCUAAGGUGGUCGACGCUCUGGUUGCGGCAGGUGCGCUAUUUGUUGGCAAGACCAAUCUUGAUCAGCUCGCAGCUGGUCUGUCUGGUUGCCGGUCGCCUUUUGGCUACCCUAGAAGCGUCUACGACCAAAGGAGGAUCUCUGGAGGCUCGUCGUCCGGUUCAGCCGUAGCUGUUGCUGCAGGUCUUGUGACGUUCGCUUUGGGAACCGACACAGCAGGAUCUGGUAGAGUGCCGGCCGCGUUCAACGGUAUCACAGGUUUCAAACCGACUAAGGGCACACUAUCCGCAUCUGGUCUGGUACCUGCUUGCAGAAGUCUGGACACCAUAUCUAUCUUGACAUCGACUGUGAAUGAAGCAAGAGCGGUGUGGCUAGUUGCAGAUGAGGGUCCAGAUAUGAUGGAUCCUUUUGCCAAAACUCAGCAAUCUUUGCCUCUUUGGCAUGUUGAUUUUCGUGGUCUCCGAGAAGGUGGCUUUGUGUUUGGAGUGCCCCCUGCUAGCGCACUCGCGAGUUGUACACCAAUGUAUCGUGAGCAUUUCGAUCUCGCCAUCGAACGCUUGGAAGCAUUGGGAGGUAUUCGUCAAGAAGUUGAUUGGACACCGUUUGAGAGCGGCAGUCGACUGCUCUAUGACGGCGCCUUGAUAAAUGAACGUGUGCAGUGUGCGGGGUCCAAAUUCCUCGAAGAACAGAGGCAAAGUUUGCACCCAACAACUCGAGCGCUCUUCGAAGCAGCCAUGGCGAGGAACACGAAUCCGUGGGAAGUCUAUCGUGAUCAACAUGCUCAAGCGAUAUACACGCGUCAAGCUGCGCUCAUGUUCGAGAAGAUCGAUGUACUUCUGGUUCCCACGACGACUUGUCAUCCGACUGUUGCAGAAAUGGAGGAAGAUCCAAUCGAUCUUAAUGCAAAACUUGGAGAAUUCACGCACUUUGCAAACGUACUUGAUCUUUGCGGAAUUGCAGUACAUUCGAGUAACUAUGAAGAAAAUGAGGGUGAGAGGUUACCGUUCGGUGUGACACUUCUAGGAGCAUCGGGCACGGAUGGGAAGGUAGUUGACGUGGCAAGGAUUUUCGAUCAGACAUCUGUAGCUACAUAG